AUGGUGACACUUAGACUUCAGAAGCGCUUGGCAGCUAGUGUUCUUAAGUGUGGAAAACGCCGUGUAUGGAUGGAUCCUAAUGAAAUUCAAGAAAUUUCCUUGGCAAAUUCUCGUCAAAACAUUCGCAAACUGGUAAAGGAUGGAUUCAUUGUAAAGACCCCUCAAGCCAUUCACUCACGAGUCCGUGCAAACCUUUUCAAAGAGUCUGUAAAGAAAGGAAGACACACAGGUCUUGGAAAGAGAAAAGGUACAGCUGAAGCUAGAAUGCCAGAAAAAAUCAUGUGGAUGCGCAGACAAAGAGUUCUCAGAAGACUUCUCCGUAAGUACAGAGCAAGCACAAAAAUUGAUAAAACUUUAUAUCACGAUUUUUAUGUGGGAGCUAAAGGGAAUAUGUACAAGAACAAGAGAGUGCUUAUGGACUCUAUCUUUAAGGCCAAAGCUAACGCAAUUCGUGAGAAGAAUCUUAAAGAGCAGCAGGAAGCUCGAAGACAAAAGCGUACUAAAGCAUAA